AGUUAUGUGUAACCGACGCAAUAAACAAAGCAGGCCAUUCAUAUGUUGCAACAGAAAUCAAAUCACUUUUAAUUUCUGAUAAUGUUUUCCAGAACAAAGUCGUGUAUUUUAAGAAGUUUGUUCAAGGAGUUUUCCAGAAACAAUUUAAACCACAAACAAAACUAUUGCACCCUUCCAUGUUCUCCAGAUCCAGUGAGUUACACACAGCGCACCACAACCUGUGGAUCUCUGAGACGGGCAGAUAUCGGCAAGAUCGUCCGCCUGUGUGGCUGGCUGCAGUACCAGCGACAGGAAAAGUUUCUAGUGCUGAGAGACUGGCAUGGCCUCACUCAGAUGAUAGUCCCCACAGACAAAAUUGACAUAAUCCAACUGUUGAAGACCCUCAGCUACGAGUCUGUUUUGCAAGUUGAAGGACGAGUCAUACCUAGACCAGAGGGACAGUCUAACCCUAACAUGCCUACUGGGGAGAUAGAGAUUGAGGUGAAAGACUUACGAGUCCUCAACAUGGCUGCAGACAACCUGCCUAUGAUCAUUAGAGACUCUGUGACAGUAACAGAACAAGUGAGGCUGGAAAAUCGCUAUCUGGACUUACGUAGACAUCAAAUGCAGCAGAUUUUCAGACUUCGCUCAAAAAUGAUCAUGAAGAUGCGGGAGUUUCUUGCAAACAAACAUGAAUUUGUAGACAUAGAAACACCAACACUCUUCAGACGAACCCCGGGGGGUGCUAAGGAGUUUGUGGUGCCCAGUCAGUACAAGGGUCGCUUUUACAGCUUGCCCCAGAGUCCACAACAGUUUAAACAGUUGCUGAUGGUGGGAGGGUUUGACCGAUACUUCCAAGUGGCCCGUUGCUAUAGAGAUGAAGGAACCAAGCCUGAUAGGCAACCAGAGUUUACACAGCUGGAUAUAGAGAUGUCGUUCGUGGAUGAGGCCGGAAUACAGAGACUGAUAGAGGACCUGUUGGUACACAGCUGGCCCCAGGGGCUCGUCCCUCCCCGACCCCCUUUCCCCCGCCUCACUUAUGACCAGGCCAUGAGGCUGUAUGGCUCUGAUAAGCCAGACACACGCUUUGACAUGAAGAUAUCUGACGUGACAAAUAUGUUUCGCCAUAGUUCCACAGAGAUUAUCUCAGAGAGACUAAAAACCACUGAUUCUCAUGCGGCCUUUAUUAGGUUUCCAUACAAGGAUAUUUCCAAGUCAGCAUUUUCCAAGAUGAAAAAACAGGCAGCUGAAAUUCUUUCUGACACCAGUACACUAGUUUUAUAUGUCAAGGGAGACAACCAAAGUGACUCCUCCCUCUCAACUGACCUUUACCUUUCACCUGACGAGGUUGGCGUCCUGGCUGUAGGUCACAAUCUUGCCCCAUUUACAGUUUUAGGGAAGUUAAGAUUAUUGAUAGCUGACCAUCUUGCAAGUCUAGGUAUAGAGGUUCGGAAGAAAGAUGCCUUUAACUUCCUUUGGGUUGUGGACUUUCCAUUGUUCCUGCCCAAAGACGAUGGAAGUGCUGGCCUGGAGUCCGCCCAUCACCCGUUCACAGAUGCCAAGCCUGAACACAGGCACCUGCUGUACACGAACCCUGAACAGGUGUACGGCCAACACUAUGACCUGGUAUUGAAUGGCAGUGAGGUGGGUGGGGGUUCCAUACGGAUACACAAUGCAGAAGUGCAGAGAUAUGUGCUGGAAAAUAUACUCAAGGAGGAUUGUAAUGAGCUGGAACACCUGUUGACUGCCCUGGGGACCGGAUGUCCCCCACAUGGAGGUAUAGCACUUGGUCUAGAUCGCUUGUUCUCCAUCAUCUGUGGUACGCCCAGUAUUCGUGACGUGAUUGCGUUCCCGAAGUCCAGUGACGGCAAGGACCUGAUGUGCCAUGCCCCCACUCCAGUUUCCAAGGACCAAUUACACCAGUAUCAUAUACAGGUCACACCUGACCACAGUUGACAUUGAGAUACGUUGUGCACUUGAACUGUUUUUUACUGUUAAAGAUUGUCUGUUUUGAAAUAGAUAUAAUGAACCCCUGAUAAAUAAAUGAUACAAAAUA